CCCUCUCGGCCGGGCUGUGGGGCGGCCCCGCUUCCCUCGGGGCCGGCUGUGUGAGCGCAGGAUCCCCCCGGCCCCGCGUUACCUCAGCCCGAGCCUCUCGCCCGCCCCCCCCAGGCUCCGCCGCGCAGCUCAAGGCGGGCAGCGAGGAUCCGCCGCGCCUCAACCCCGAGCGGGCCGCGCCCGGCACCGGCGGAUCCUUCUCCCUCCGCCACCUCGGGGCGCUGGCAACAGCCACACCCGGCAACGGCUUGGCCGCGACAUGAAGCAGGCGCUGGUGGAUGACACCGAGGAUGUGUCACUGGAUUUCGGCACCGAAGAGGAGCUGGCGCUGCGGAAAGCCAAAAUCAGGCACCCACUGGCCACCUUUUUCCACCUGUUUUUCCGAGUGAGUGCUAUUAUUACCUACUUGUUCUGUGACUGGUUCAGCAACAGCUUUGUUGCCUGUUUUGUCACUAUUCUCCUUCUUCUAUCCUUUGACUUUUGGUCAGUUAAGAAUGUGACAGGAAGACUCUUGGUUGGUUUACGUUGGUGGAACCAGAUUGAUGAAGAUGGAAAAAGUCACUGGGUAUUUGAAGCAAAAAGGGUGCCUACAAUAGCUGCCUCAACUGAAGCUGAAGCUCGGAUCUUCUGGCUUGGCCUCAUCAUCUGCCCUGUAAUUUGGACAGUGUUUUUUUUCAGCACCUUGUUUUCCCUGAAGCUGAAAUGGCUGGCUCUUGUCAUAGCUGGUAUCUCCCUUCAGACCGCUAAUUUAUACGGAUACAUCCACUGCAAACUAGGGGGACAAAAAAGCAUCAGCAAGAUAACCUCAAGGUUUUUUGUCACAGCAGAUGUUGCCAAGAGACAGAGCAGGGGGAUUUCAGAAGACCGCAUUGAAGAACAAGGCAAGACACGGAGCAGAUAAUCAUUUAAGGAAAACUGAAAGGAUGAACAGUAGGAAUACUUAUUUAUUAAAGCUGUUUUUCAUAUGGAAUUGAAGUAAAGCUCUCCUAGAAUUGUCUGCAUGAAAUAAUGACUUUCUAUCAUUUGUGUUUGUCUCCUAAAACCUCUCAAUCUACUUCAAAAUAACACUUCCCCCAAAAGGCAGCUUGCUCGUGGUUGUGCAGAACAUCAAAAAGCAGACACUGUCUUGAGAAGAGCCUGUAAAUGAACCUGGAACUGCUGGACCGAGCAUCAGAAUGCAGCCAGAAGACAAUCAUUUGUUUCAUUUUGAGCUAAAACCGAUAAAGUGAAAGUACCUUUUCCUCCUGUACACAA